AUGGGAUGCGACUGCAAAAGCAGCCACUUCUCAAGCCUGCUUGCAUGGUUGAAUUGGCAUGCCUGCGGGUGUAGGGUGCCGUCGCGCAGGGGUCUUCUUUUCAGGCCAGAACAGGCGAUGAGAGGCCGUGACGCAGAGCAGAGAAGUCCGACAAACCAGUUUGGGUUUGCGACUUUGCGUAGUUUAGCAAGAGUCGUGCAGCAGAGCUGUCACAGCAUCGUGCCGAAUCCAAAAGCUGUAGGCGAAGAUACCUGGAAGCCUCAUCGGAUCUUGUCCCCGUGCAUGCCUCAAACGUUUCUGCAACUUCGCGAGCAUACCCGAACGUGGGGGUGGCCUUUCGACAUGGCUUCAUCUUCACGUCCGGAGAUGCAUUCCGAGCGGCACCUAGAUCAUGAUGCCUCACAGGCAGGAACGCCUCUGCUUACAGCCGAAGAGGAGAUGCAGUACCAGCGUGCGCUUUGGGUGAAUCGCUUCCUGAAGGAGCAGCUGGCCGCACAAACGCAGGGACUCUCUUUGAAGGAGAUUGAGGAAGCGCAGACGCAAAUCCAAGCCAGGAUGCGGCAGGCCACAAGGCUACAGGCUUGGACCAGCUCUCAGGGUCCCGAUCCAGGUAGUGCCAGGACCAUCUAUGCCAAGUCGCCGAGGAGAAGUCAGACACAGCAGGCGCGGCCACAGGUCGUCUCGUCCUGCGAAGUGAAUCGAAGGAGGGCGCAGCACCGGAUCAAGGAGGAGAAUUUGGGAAUCUUGCAGCGCAUCGAGAAUGUGAAAAGCAGCUUCACUCCGCGGAUGCCAUCAAACCUGAUUCCCAAGAUCUCGCCACGAAACAGGCUGCUGAACCAUGGCCAUUAG